GCCAUCGGCAGGGACAUCAUUCGAAAAAAAGCCGCCGAGUCAACAUGGCGACCUUUUUCGGCGAAGUCCUGCCGAUUCAUUCGCGAGCCGUCGACGACAAUGAAGACGAGAACGCGGAGUCGCCCAGCGUCUACUUCGACCUGGACCAGAGGUACCAGGACGUCCCUUCGCUUCCCGCCUACGACCUGGUCUGCGUCGCGACCGGUAUCGCGCCGAGCAUAUUCGUGCAGUGCUACCUCGUACCGGACUCUCAUCAGGUUCUGGGUACCAUUCGGUUGAACCCCACAAAGCAGCAAGACUCCUCCAACGACCCGUCGGGUAACUUCUGGGGUCUCGACUACAGCCGUCGCACCGACGUUCUGGGCAAGCUGAUUCACUAUCCGGGUCACGGCGCUGGCGUUCUCUACUGCCUGUGCGACAAAGAAGUGCCGUUCGAGAGUUGCGCGCCCAUUGCCCGGCACUUCGUGGAGCUCUCCAAGUCCCCCCGCGUCACUUCGGUGUCCUUUGCGGCUCUCCCGGCGAGCGACUACAAGUCCAAGGGGAGACCGGAGUUUCCUCUGCUCAGGCAACUUCGCACGUUCGGCUCGGCCAGGAACGCCACCGAAGACGCCAUACCCGACUUGGAGACGCCUAACACGGUGUCCGGAAUGUGCGCCGCUAUGCUGACCGAAUGCGAAGUCGGCGACAUGCCUGGGACUCUGUUCGUCCUCUACACCGACACGCCCGAAGUCGAUUCGACCGUAGUUAAAGCCUUCGAACCGACUCUGAGGUUGAACUGCCUGCAAGCCCUGAAUCAGCCUCUGGACAAUUGCAGGAACGAGCUCCUGAGGCGGCUUCGGGACGCCAAGAUCGACCGCGGUUACCUGUACUUCUGAGGUCGAAGCUCGAGCUUGAGUCGUGCUGUAAGACGAGCGCUGACACUUGGGUUUUUUACCGGAAGGCAGACAGGAGAACACUUUUACGAUGUCCUGAUGCUCAACUCGGCGAGUACAUGCCUGAGAUGUGAACAGAUGCGGCUAUCCGACGAGCUUGUUACCUCAGAAGCACGGUUUACCUGCAGGCUACCUCGAUUCAGUGCUGUUGGAGAACAAUUCUUUGAGGAUGCCACGUUGAACAAGCCCAUAGUGAACCACUGACAAACGCGCCUGUUUUCCUGUGCUGAUAGGAACCCUCAAGAAGCCUGAAGAAGACAGUUGAAUCGUAUACCUUGUUUGACCAUCAACCCACGCACGUGUGGAUCCUGCACAGACCAAGUCACUUUUGCCUGCAUGUUACGGUACGAGAAGCUUCAUGAAAGUAAUGGACAGAAUAAGCGUAUGUGCUUAACGGAGUGCCAUAAACUCUUGUCAUUUGCAUGUGGCACUAAUUCUGGUGACUUGACAAUUAAGCUUGCUGUCCGCUUCAUAGGACACACCAAAUCACUUAAAAUGAUCUCUUCUACACAAUUCUUUACGUGUUGUGACACUGCAAGGCACAUCGUGACAGGUGCAGAACGUGUCGCUCACUAUUAAGUUGACAUUUCGGCAAGUUGGUACGGUUCAGUGAACUGAAGGUGGCGUGAAACAAUGCAGACAAAAUGUUUGGAUGAGGCACCACAAUCGCUCAUGCGUUUGUGGUUUCUUGUCAAACCAUGCCUCGUGUGAACUUGGUCUCAUUGCGAAGCUUCAGGAGCCUUAUGUGGCUCUGGCAAACGUUAAGCGUUGGCAUCUACAUUAUAAGCACAGACUGCCAAGUGGCCAUCUUGUUUCGGUAUUGUGUCGCCAAGUUUCGGUGGCCCAAGGUGUAAUUGAGGACAAACAGUCCGUUUGUUUUGCGAUUUGCGCUUUCCUGAAAGAGUUCGUGACACGUUAUACAUCUCUGGCAUAUUUUGUUCCCCAGACUAUUAAAUGACAGCGUUGUUUCAAUGCUUGUCAAUCUCGUGGCAUGUCUUCUGUGCAUUGCAUGGUA